GAAGGAUAAUUCGUCUGCGUCAGUUAUAACAACGCGUUAUAGAUGUUUGUUUGUGUUUCGUAAAAUCGUUUAUCGAGUCACAAUUAUGCGAAAAAUGUUUAAAUAUAUGUGCAUGUGUGUUUCAUCACAGUUUCAUCAGAAGUAAAAAAACACAAUAUUUAUUAUGAAUUCACAAAUGUCAUUUGCUAGAAGAAGAAAGGAGAGAGAGAAAAACUAUUUUUCAGAUUAGACUAACAUUGGCCAUGCAUAAAGACAUGAGGCUGCGUAGUAGUGCACUCAUUGCAGCAGGCUUAGGCCUCGCUGCCAUCGGUUUUACCGGACGAUAUGUUCUCAAAAGGAUGCCACAGCUAUCUCAAAGAAUGGCAGAAGCUUAUAAGAAUAUCCCAAAAUUAGAUUCGCAGUCAUUAGCAAAUAGUAAAUAUUACAAGGGAGGCUUUGAAUCUAAAAUGACUAGGCGAGAAGCCAGUUUAAUAUUAGACGUAUCACCAACGGCAAAUAAAGUAAAAGUAAAACAGCAAUUCAAGAAGAUAAUGGCUGUAAAUCAUCCCGAUAAAGGAGGAUCACCGUACAUAGCAGCAAAAAUUAAUGAAGCGAAGGACUUGCUAGAAAAAUGAUUUAUGUAUUAACUAGAUACAGACGUAGAGGUAUUGUACAUGAGAUUCACAUUACAGCCAGCUUGUAAAUUUGAUUUCGUUAAGUAAACACUUCGUGUACAUAUUUUAGCAACAUAAUGUGAUCUUAUAUUUCAUUUAGUUUGUAUAAAUAAACAUAUUCAUACAUA